AUGGCGCAGCCUCCCGCUGAUAUGGCGUCGUCCCUCACGUGCCAAACAGCGGCCACGCCGAACGAUCUGACGCUGUCCCCAAUCCCCUUAGAACCACCCGCACACCCAUCCCAGUGUACAAGCCUGGAUUCGCAGCGUGAUAUAGCGGGCGCUGAAGUGAACGCUGAAUCCGGUGUGCAGGGCGCGCCGUUUCUGGAUCGCAUGGCGUUGAGCCAGCUGGCAUCCGAAUCGGUUCCUUCUG